AUUCCUUGUCUGCCUGUCUGCACUGACUGACUGCACUUGUCACAGCUUAGAGAUCUCAUGGAGGAGGAAAGGACAGAGAGAACGUAUGCAGAAGGGAACGAUGCAUUGAGAAAGAAAACAUUUGAAGAAGGAAAGAAGGAAGAGGAAGAAGAGCAUAAAGAUCAGAGGAGAUACUGUCGAUACUUUACUAAAGAACAGUUGGUCAUGCUGUGUGUCGGUGUUGCUCUGCUUGUGCUGCUUCUGAUCAUCACCAUUACCUCUGUUGUCCUGACUCAAAAUGGAGGUAAAUCUAUCCUUAAAAAUAUAUAUAUACAAUCAACAGUUAUUUACUUACUGAACACAGAAUACAAAUUAAUCAGCAUAAUAAUCAAUUUAAAUAUAUAAUCUGUUGAUCUUAAUAACAAUUUCAAUAUUUUUUACAAUAAUGUUGAAAUGGCCUUUGUAUCUACUGUAAUCUACGUUACGCCUUGCUUGUAUUUUUAUCACUAGAACUACAGUUUCCAUAUCGAUAAGGGCUACAGGUUACGAUAGCUAAUCAUCUGUGACUGGAAGAUAAUAACUGUCCCUGUGCCUACUAUAGGGACCUCUGAGACGGUCCUGCCAUUCCCUACUGAUGGAGACAUGAUGGACUUCCUCGUCCAAACUGGAGACAUCAGGGAGAGAGACGCGCUGCACGCCACCUGGUAUCACCGUGCCAACAACAAGUCAGAGAUGAACAAAGCACUGCAAAGUAAUGUUUAUUUUUUUAUAAAAGAUGCAUUGUUCUCUGAAUUCUAUGAAUUCUAUGUAACUUUAGCAGGUAUAGUACAGAAAGUGUAAACAUCAAGUCUACAUUUGACAGUAUACAGAGGGGAUUUGCAGUAGCAUUCAUUUAGGACAUACCGUAGCAAAACUUUUCCCAAUGGAAAAUGAAAAAGAGUGUUUCAUAUUGGACACAUUCAGGUAGUCCCUCCCUGUUUCAGUUUGUUUUCAUCCAUUUGGUGGCUAAUGAACACAACCCUGUUCUGUCCCCCUCUCUAGGUUCUAUCAUGGUUCUGGAAGCUGAUGUGACUGUACAGGGAUACGCCACGGUCAACAUGACCACCAUCCCCAUCAUGGCUCAUCCUCCUGCUGUCUACAGUGACAACACUCUGGACCAGUGGCUGGACGCCGUGCUCCAGUCAAAGAAAGGUAUCAAACCUAUCAAUACGACUUUAGAUAUCAAUUCAACUUUAAAUAUCAGUUAGAGCCUAGUGAAACAGCUUCUUCUGGUCCUUUAGUACCAAUCUAUAAAGUCAAUCAAUUAUCCAAAAGGAUCUUGGCUCACAUCAACACCAUUAUCCCAGAAACCCUAGACCCACUCCAAUUUGCAUACCGCCCCAACAGAUCCACAGAUGAUGUAAUCUCUAUUGCACUCCACACUGCCCUUUCCCACCUGGACAAGAGGAACACCUACGUGAGAAUGCUAUUCAUUGACUACAGCUCAGCAUUCAACACCAUAGUGCCCUCAAAGCUCAUCACUAAGCUAAGGAUCCUGGGACUAAACACCUCCCUCUGCAACUUGAUCCUGGACUUCCUGACGGGCCGCCCCCAGGUGGUAAGGGUAGGUAACAACACAUCUGCCACACUGAUCCUCAACACGGGGGCCCCUCAGGGGUGCGUGCUCAGUCCCCUCCUGUACUACCUGUUCACCCAUGACUGCAUGGCCAGGCACGACUCUAACACCAUCAUUAAGUUUGCCGACGACACAACAGUGGUAGGCCUGAUCACCGACAACAAUGAGACAGCCUAUAGGGAGGAGGUCAGAGACCUGGCCGUGUGGUGCCAGGAUAACAACCUCUCCCUCAACGUGACCAAGACAAAGGAGAUGAUUGUGGACUACAGGGAAAAAAAGAUGACUGAGCACGCCCCCAUUCUCAUCGACGGGGCUGUUGUGGAACAGGUUGAGAGCUUCAAGUUCCUUGGUGUCCACAUCACCAACGAACUAUCAUGGUCCAAACACACCAAGACAGUCAUGAAGAGGGCACGACAAAGCCUAUUCCCCCUCAGGAGACUGAAAAGAUUCGGCAUGGGUCCUCAGAUCCUCAAAAAAUUCUACAGCUGCACCAUCGAAAGCAUCCUGACUGGUUGCAUCACCGCCUGGUAUGGCAAAUGCUUGGCCUCCGACCGCAAGACACUACAGAGGGUAGUGCGUACGGCCCAGUACAUCACUGGGGCCAAGCUUCCUGCCAUCCAGGACCUCUAUACCAGGCGGUGUCAGAGGAAGGCCCUCAAAAUUGUCAAAGACUCCAGCCACCCUAGUCAUAGACUGUUCUCUCUGCUACCGCACGGCAAGCGGUACCGGAGUGCUAAGUCUAGGUCCAAAAGACUUCUCAACAGCUUCUACCCCCAAUCCAUAAGACUCCUGAACAGCUAAUCAUGGCUACCCGGACUAUUUGCACUGCCCCCACCCCAUCUUUUUACGCUGCUGCUACUCUGUUAAUUAUUUAUGCAUAGUCACUUUAACUCUACCCACAUGUACAUAUUACUUCAACUACCUCAACUAGCCGGUGCCCCCUCACAUUGACUCUGCACCGGUACCCCCCUGUAUAUAUAGCCUCCCUACUGUUAUUUUAUUUUACUUCUGCUCUUUUUUUCUCAACACUUUUUUGUUGUUGUUUUAUUUUACUUUUUUAUUAAAAAUAAAUGCACUGUUGGUUAAGGGCUGUAAGUAAGCAUUUCACUGUAAUGUCUGCACCUGUUGUAUUCGGCGCAUGUGGCCAAUAAAAUUUGAUUUGAUUUGAUUUGAUCUAAGCUAUGCAUAAUCACGUGAAAUUUGAUGUACUUUCGUAUUACGUACAACAUGUCUGUAAUACAAAUGACUCCUUCAGGUAUAAAGCUGGACUUCAAAUGCAUCCAGGCGGUGACUCCUUCUCUGGACAUCCUGAGCAUGAAGAACCAGACUAAAGGCAUCAACCGGCCGGUGUGGCUGAACGCUGACAUCCUCCCUGGUCCCAACGUCCCAGCCUUCUGGCCUGUCAUCGACGGACCUGAGUGAGUAGCAAGGAAAGAGCAAUCAUAUUAGCCAGAUCCCAGACCUGUAUUUUGCUUUAUGCUUUAGCAAACUCCUUUCACAUACAGAUCUCGGACCAGCAGGAUGGAUUGCCAAGUACAAUUUAGUUUCAACCUUUUCUUUCACAAUAAUCAUGACCAGAUUGAUUUAUCUUAUUCAAUUUAAGAUACCAGUGCUUUAUUACAUGUCAAUGUCUGACUUGGAGAUCUAACAUGAUCUCAGGGUUUAUACCCAACUAUCCUGGCUCCAUUCAGGUUCUUGGCAAUGAUCCAGCAGAGUUUUCCAGACGUGACCAUCUCUCCUGGAUGGGCGGUUCUGUAUCUGCCCCAGUUCCCUAACGUCACUUACACACAGGCCAUGGUGGGGGACAUGUACGCCAUCAUCAAAAAUGUCCCUCAGACAGUCACCUUCCCCAUCCAUGCGCUCAUGGCCAAGAACGGAUGGCCUCACAUCAGCUGGCUGCUCAGCCAGUCACCAAGGUAACUGGAACAGGUCCUAUACAGUAAUUUAUCUAGUCGUGACUUUCAUAUCUUCCAAUCACACUGGUGGAGGCUACGCUUUUCUGAAUAGUGGUCAAUGAGAUAAGCUGUCUGUCCCUGUGUACAGGUUCAGUCUGACUCUGUGGCAGGGCCAGGAAAAGAACCCCAGUGUGAAUGACCUGCUGUUCGUCAGAGACAACACCAACCCUAAGCGGGUCUACUAUGACAUCUAUGAACCUGUCCUGUCCCAGUUUAAAGAAGCUGCCAGUAAGGCAAAACCCUGUGAAACUCACAAAUCCUUUACCUCAUACAAUCUACAGCAGUGGUUCUCAAAUCUCUCCUCUGGGACCACCAGACGUUUCAGAAUUUUGUUGUAGCUCUGAACAAGUUAACCUGAUUCACCAAUUUAAGUGCUUGAUGAUUAGUUGACGUGUUGAAUCAGGUGUGCCAGCUCUGGAAUAGAUCAAAUACGUGGAACUGCUGGGGGUCCCCGAGGAGAGGAUUGAGAACCACUUAUCUACAGUGACUUAUGUACAGUCAUACAAAUCAUUAGCUUAUUCUUUCUUAUUAUUACCAUUUUACAUUCCUGUCUUGAAAAUGUAUUUCAAAAUGAGGUAUUUUCAACAACAACUAGUAAAACCAAAUGGUAUUUCCAACCAGUCCAUCCUGAUAUGAAUGUAAACUGGACUGAGUUUGUGUGACUGCAGAGCAGAGAGAUCGGCAGAGGAGGUUCUACCCUGGAGGAGACCUGAUUGACUAUUUCCAGCCGAAAUAUAGAAAUGGCCUGUACAUCCAGUGGAACACAGUCACAGACAGAGCCUCACUGCUUUCUCUGCUGUCAGGUAGGAGUGAUGAUGAUGAUGAAGGUGUAACCAAAAUGGCAACCUUAGAGAAUUGAAAUGAUCGGUUCUAUACAGAUUUUUUAGUUUUUUUGUCCAGUGACAUUCAUACUGUCUAGAGUUGAAUAUUGAAUACAGCGGUCAAAUCUCCUGAUGGAAUCAUAAUCUCUUGCAGACAGUGCCUGUGGCAUGCUCAUCAUUCCAGUGGGAUCUGGUUCCGCCCAGCCUGGGGUCCCAGUGGUGGAGGGCUCCCGUCCAGAGUUCCCUCUCCAGGACUGCCUGAACCUGGUUCUGGCCUCUCCAAAACCCUGUGGUAUCUACUUAAGGAUCCAGUCCCAGAGCCAGCUGGAACCCUCUCUCCACCUCCUCAGCUCAGCCUACCACAGCGACCUCCUGUACCGCCCCGUCUGGGUCAACAUGGCUCUGUCCCAUGGAGCCUUCCAGACCCAGGGCUACAUCUCUGGGAGGGAGUUCCUCCACACAGUCAACCAGGUGUUCCCCUAUGUGACCCUGGCCCCCAGCUGGCCUCUUGAAGCCCUGAGGGAGGGGUAUACCAGGGCCAUGGUGGAUGACAUGGAGGUUUUACUGAAGAGGUCAUGGCAGGCCGUGUCCCUGCAGGUGAGGGCGGAGCAACUAGGGAGGUCUGUGGAGGGACAGAGGAGGAUUCGGGAGGUGCAGUCAUGGUACUCACUCACAGUGGAGACCGGGAUAGAAAGUGGGAUUGAUGAGGAAGCAGGACCACAGGCGAUCAUGGAUAACCUCUCUGGGAGCAAAGACAGAAGCUUGUUUUUUAUAACUGAGAACUACUGGUCUAAGAUGUGAAGACAUGAUCACCUCUUAAAUGACAGUUUGCUACAUUUUCAUCUAAUAUUUUGUUGUAUUUAAAGUAAUUUAAAACCAAUGAAAAACAACUAUUCAAUUUAAUUUUAAAAUAUUUAUUGUAAAAUUAUUAGCAAUUAUUUUGUACAAUCAUCUUUGUAGUUUCGAUUUUUUAUAUAUAUAACUUUUUUAAUGCCCGUAGUUUAAGAUAUGAUAUUCUUAUCGUAUGUGUAACUUAGCUGAAACUUAGCUGAGCUCUUCUCAGUAAAAAACAACAACAUCUAGUUAGUAUUCUUUCUCUGAAAAUCUCAUAUCAUUUUCACAAGUUAUAAUUGGAGAUGCAAAACGUUGUUAAAAACCAUCAGUGCCCGAAAAAAUGUUAAGUAUAGUUUUUCAUACUAAUAAUUCUUAUAUUUCACAUAUUUAGGGAUGAUCAUGAGCAUUGCUAACAUCCCAAAAAACGUUCCAGGUACUGGAUUGAGCCCUGUUUAAUCCACUCAAUUUUACUGUAGAUACUCCAAAAAUACUCUUUCAUUAGCCUGGUCCCAGAUUUGUUUUACCAACUCCUACGGUCAUCGUCAUUGUCAAUGGCCAUAUGAGCUGGCAAGACAGCACAAACAG